AUGGAUCCAAUCAUUCGUUGGAUUCAAUCAACGCCCGACCAACGAGCGGUUCAUUGCACUAAAAAGACCCCAAUUGAGCUAGUUCAGCACCACGCCCCCAUUCUACGACGGCUACCCCACUACAAGAUCAGUCAAGAUCUCAAGUUCGACAUUGUUGCCGGUAUUACCGUUGCCAUGACACUGGUCCCUCAAGAAGUCUCGCUCUCCACCAUCAUGCACGUUCCGGCUCACCACGGACUGUACACGGCUGCUACAUCGCCACUUAUCUACGCUCUGUUCGAGUCCAGCACCGUGUUAUCUGUAGCCAGUGGGUCUGAAGUCGCACUACUCACCGGAUCCAUCCUCGAACCAAUUGAGGACGAGAAGGAACGUAUUGCCACCGGUAUCAUGAUUGCCUUCCUGAGCGGUACUAUCCUACUGCUCGUGCGCAUCUUCAACCUCAGUCCAGUCGCAGACUUCUUCUCACGUCCCGUUAUGGGCGGAUUCAUCUCGGCUGGGUGA